AUGCAAAAACCGUACGGGAAUGGUCACCCGUCCACUUCCCGGUGCACCAAAACAAUUCGCAUUAAAGUGCCGGGCGCGUUACCAACGACGAAUGAGCCGGGCCAAAAGCCAACCGAGGAGCAGACGAACACCGCGUUCGCGCGAACGUACGAACGGCUGCGGCGAACGCCUCGAGCGGCCGACAUGUCAUGUGGAGCGAAACUCGCCCCGCGGUUCCAUAGGAAACCGCUGACCAACUGGUCGCUUUCGAUGGCGUCGCUGACU